UCGGGAGCAAGAUAAAAAUUUGAUCCCAGAUCUCUCCAUCUUAUCAUUAUCAGCAGUCUCCUUCAUUUACACGUGAAACGAUCUUGCACUGGAUCAUUUCUUCCCCGAGGUUGUCCAAACCCCGGACGCCGGUCAACGCCUUACCAAUUUCUUGCUCUCCGCCAUGUCCGUACAGUCGAAAGCAGUCCCGGUUAAGCUGACGCCUUUGGGUAUGGCUCUGGCCGGUGCGCUGGGAGGCUGCUUUAGCACAGCCGUCGUCUACCCCUUGGAUGUGGCGAAGACCCAGAUUCAAGCCUCCAAGGGGAAGUCCAAGGCCGACCUCUCGAUGCUCGCCGUCCUCAUCAGGAUAUUGAAGAAAGAGGGUAUCUUUGGAUGGUACCGUGGAUUUUGGGCGACAAUGAUCAACACAUUCUCUAUGCAAUAUGCGUAUUUCUUCUUCUACUCCAUGGUCCGCACAUCCUACAUCCGGCAUCUGACAAGGAAAAUUCCGGCGGGGUCAAAAGUCCCAGCACUGUCUACCGCAGCUGAACUGCUCCUGGGAGCAGCUGCCGGCGCACUAGCCCAGAUAUUCACCAUCCCCGUUUCUGUUAUUGCUACUCGGCAACAAGUCGGUCGCACAAGCAAGGAGGGAGAGUCGAAACCGCAAGACGACUCGUUCUUUGGUGUUGCCCGUGAAAUUAUAGAUGAAGAGGGCGUUGGGGGCCUGUGGCUCGGCAUCAAGCCCGGAUUGGUCUUGACCGUAAACCCGGCCAUCACGUACGGUGUCUUCGAACGCAUCAAGAGCCUGGUCAUUGCGGGGCAAGCCAAGGCGGGUGGCACCGAGAAGCUUGCAGCUGGAUCGUCGUUCCUCAUCGGCGCGAUGAGCAAAACAUUGGCCACGGUGGUGACCUAUCCGUACAUUAUGGCUAAAGUGCGGAUCCAGACGCGUUCAGCUGACGACGAUGAGGCUGCCCAGACUCAUUUGCCGGCUCCGUCCUCACACCACGCCCACCACGACCACUCACAACUGAAGCACCCAGGGGCUCUCGAUAUCCUGGGCCAAGUGCUCAGGAAGGAAGGCUUCGUUGGCUGGUACAGGGGAAUGUCCGCGCAAAUCAUAAAGGCUGUUCUUUCCCAAGCCUUGUUGUUCAUGUCGAAGGAGCAGUUCGAGCAGUGGGCUCUCAGGAUUAUAAUUAUUUUCGCACGUCUUAGAUAGAUCUGGCAUUGGAUAAAGCACGCUGAUACAUAUAACUGUACCGCAAUCUAAUCAAAUUAGCGCGUUGUUGUGCCGA